UAAAGAUAAUACGUGUUGGAUAACUGGGAAAAUGAAGUUGCUGUACCUUCUUUCUUUCAUUAUUUCGGAUUUAACUUACAAUUACGUAAUUGCAGAUCCAGAAAGAUGUACCUUACCAGUGAUGAAAGGAUCAUGCAUGGCCAGCAUACCUAACUACUAUUACAACACAAAAACAGGCCAGUGUGAGAAGUUUAUGUAUGGAGGAUGCGGUGGUAAUGAUAAUAGGUUUAUGUCAAUGGAUGACUGCAUCCAGAGCUGUGCAUGCCAAGUAAGUCCAGAUGCCGGACCAUGCAAGGCUAUCAAAGAAAGAUGGUAUUAUAAUCCAUCUCGCGGAUGUUGUGAAAAGUUUUGGUAUGGUGGUUGCCAAGGGAAUGGUAAUAAUUUUAAAUCAUACGAGGAAUGUAAUAAAAUUUGUUCAGGGUCGUUCACAAUAAACCUCGAACCAAAAGGACUUAAUUGGGGAAGUAUGAAAAUAACUUCUAUUUCCGGGGACCGAAGUAUGGGCGGAACUUUCGGAAAAAAAUUUGGUGGCAGUAGAACCGUAUGGCUACAUAAUGAAAACGCACCAGCUUUAAAUAAAGGUGUCUUCCAAGCUAUGUCAAGGUCAGCAAACAUACCUGGAGGAGCGAACAAUCGUAAUAUUAUUGGACGCGAAUUAACGGGACCUGGUCUCGUGAAGGCAGAAAAAACGAGGCAAUCUUGGUCAUCAGGACCAAUCGUUACAGGUGGCAAAAGGACAUUAAGUGUUCAAUCAUCCGGUCCCAUGGCUACAGGGGGUAUGACUAGUUUCUCUGGAAGCUCUGGUGCUAUGCCGAUAGGAGGUGGAGGAAUGUCGAUGGGAGGAAGAGGAAUGUCAAUGGGAGGUAGAGGAAUGUCAAUGGGAGGUGGAGGCAGGCCAAUGGGAGGUGGAAGCAUGUCAAUGGGUGGUGGAGGAAUGACUAGUGGAGGUAGAGGCAUGCCAAUGGGAGGUGGAAGCAUGUCAAUGAGAGGCGGAGGAAUGACUAGUGGAGGUGGAGGCAUGCCAUUGGGAGGUGGAAGUAUGUCAAUGGGAGGUGGUGGUAUGCCAAUGGGAGGUGGUAGCAUGUCAAUGGGAAGUGGAGGAAUGACUAGUGGAGGUGGAGGCAUGCCAAGGGGAGGUGGAAGCAUGUCAAUGGGAGGUGGAGGAAUGACUAGUGGAGGUGGAGGCGGAUUUAGUAUGAACUCUUUGUCGGGAAAAUCAGGAGGAAAAGUCAACCCAGGAGGUUUUAGAGUCAAUAGUGGAGGAGGAGUAAUGAGUGAACUUCCUACAGGAGGUGGCCGAGGAUUUGCAACAAGUAUGACUGGUGGGUCACGAAAAAUAUCAUCACCAAUUCAACCGUCUUGGAUGAAUAAUAUUGCUGUUUAAAUAUGUCACUUAACACAUAAAAACUAACUGUCA